UCCAAACACAGUGCAAUUAGGUAGACUCAUUUUUUCACGAAACACACCUACAAUCUUUCUUUAUAUAUACCCUUCCCAUACCAAUACAAACUCUGUAUUCAUAGUCCUCAUUCCUCUUCUCUACUCUUUCUCUCUCUUCUUUAUACUUUGGCUUUGUUUUAUUAUCUCUCUAAACUUCACACCUCUGUUUCUCUCUCUAAAAUGGCCGGUGGUUUCGUUCCUGGUCCCGGUAACGGGAAGGAAUAUCCGGGCAACCUUACUCUAUAUGUUACUGUAACAUGCAUUGUUGCAGCUAUGGGUGGUUUGAUCUUUGGUUACGACAUUGGAAUUUCGGGUGGAGUGACGUCUAUGGACCCUUUCUUGAAAAAGUUCUUCCCAUCUGUAUAUAAGAAGCAAAAGGCCGACGAUUCGACGAACCAGUACUGUAAAUUUGACAGUCAAACCCUGACGAUGUUCACGUCGUCGCUGUACUUGGCGGCACUGUUGUCGUCUAUUGUGGCGUCGUGGGUGACCCGUAAAUUGGGUCGGAAGUUGUCAAUGCUCUUUGGAGGAUUGCUCUUCUGUGCCGGGGCUUUGAUCAAUGGCUUUGCGCAGGCCGUCUGGAUGCUCAUCGUCGGUCGCAUUUUGCUAGGGUUCGGUAUCGGAUUUGCUAAUCAGUCCGUGCCGCUGUAUCUCUCUGAGAUGGCUCCUUAUAAGUACAGAGGUGCACUUAACAUUGGCUUUCAAUUGUCAAUCACAAUUGGUAUACUGGUAGCCAAUGUGUUGAACUACUUCUUUGCUAAGAUCAAAGGUGGAUGGGGAUGGCGUUUGAGCUUGGGGGGUGCUAUGGUACCUGCCCUCAUCAUCACAGUUGGAUCUCUUGUGCUUCCUGAGACACCCAAUUCAAUGAUUGAGCGCGGCCAAACUGAAAAAGCAAAAGCUAAACUGCAGAGAAUUCGCGGGGUUGAGAAUGUUGAUGAGGAGUUAAAUGAUCUGAUUGCGGCUAGUGAGACAUCUAAGCUAGUGGAGCACCCUUGGAGAAAUCUCUUGCAAAGAAAGUAUAGGCCUCAACUUAUGAUGGCCAUCCUCAUUCCUUUCUUCCAGCAACUUACCGGCAUUAAUGUCAUUAUGUUUUAUGCACCUGUUUUAUUUAAAACCAUUGGAUUCGGAAGUGAUGCUUCACUCAUGUCUGCUGUGAUCACUGGUUUGGUUAAUGUUUUCGCAACCUUGGUUUCAAUCUAUGGUGUUGAUAAGUGGGGUAGGAGAUUUCUCUUCCUUGAGGGUGGUAGUCAAAUGCUUAUUUGCCAGGUCGUUGUUGCAAUUUGCAUUGGUGCCAAAUUUGGAGUAGAUGGCAACGCUGGUCAAUUGCCCAAGUGGUAUGCAAUUGUUGUGGUGCUGUUCAUAUGCAUUUAUGUUGCUGGAUUUGCCUGGUCAUGGGGGCCUCUAGGUUGGUUGGUGCCCAGUGAAAUUUUUCCGCUUGAAAUCCGUUCAGCCGCACAGAGUAUUAAUGUUUCAGUCAACAUGAUCUUCACUUUUAUAAUUGCUCAAGUGUUCUUAACAUUGCUCUGCCACUUGAAGUUCGGUUUGUUCCUCUUCUUCGCAUUCUUUGUGGUGAUAAUGACCAUAUUCGUGUUCAUAUUCUUGCCGGAGACGAAGGGUAUCCCAAUUGAAGAGAUGGCCAUUGUAUGGAAGCAACACUGGUUCUGGUCCAGGUUCAUGACUGAUGUUGAUAUUCCCCCAAAUGCAAGCAUUGAAAUGCACAAGGCAGGGCAAGGUGUUAAAAAUGUUUAAAUGUCCGUGUUGCUACUACAACUACAUUUCAUACAGAAAUCUUCGUCGGUGUCAAAUGGAAUUGAUUUACUCAUCUUUUUAAGAUAUCAUAUUGUCUUCUUAAAUAAUUAAAUUGUAAUAUGAUAAUCUUAGCUUUGCUCUGUUAAAUUAGCAGUACAAAUUAGUGGUUUCAGUGUCAAGAACUACAUGAGCUGUUAUAAAUUCAAUUCUACUACACCUUACUUUAUUUCAAGUGA